GCAGCAUUCGAUCUCAAGCCACUGUUCUCACUCGUCAACAUCAACAUCAAGCAUGGAAGAUCUGUGCUGGGAUCAGAUACAGAUGCCAGGAUGCCAGAGCAGAUUAUCCUAGCGCGUCAUCAAAACGGGGGGCGCGCAAGUAUCAAAGCUACCAAAGCUACCAAGCUACUUACUUUCUUCUUAGUCGUUGAUUCUGUCUUCUCUUCUUCAAUUGAUCCAGACUGAGUCUAACUGCUUAGACGACAGAUAGCUACCCAGCCUAGCUACUUGGUACUUGGCAGUGCACACUUGCUCUGUACAUGGUUUUUGGAUGCUCAAUUGAACUGAAUAUCGAUUGUUCCAACAAAAUAACUUGGAACAGACGUGCAACACAAUUCCAUUCGUGACUCUCUUUUAAUAGUAAUUAAUCAAGGAACACUCCUGGGGACUUUACCACCAUUACACUGUGGCCCAGUAGAUAGCUUGGCCGGGCUAUCAAUCCUCUAGACUCUACAUGCUAGAUUCUCAAUACGAGCAUUUUUAACCAAAACAAGGCCGGCUUCGAUUUUAAUUUUAAUUUCAAGGAGAGGAAGACGGCCAACCAUCCAGCCAGCCAGCCAACAGAAGCGCAACUUAAUUCAACGGCGAUGCAGUUCUCGUGAAAUCGAGAGAAUGUCCAUUUUACAAUCCAAAAAUAAAAGGCCUGAACCAUUAACUGAUGCUGAUUAUGAUCAUGAAAUUGGUUUGGAGGAUCAUGCAGAUCCAAAUGCGAUUCAAAGUCGGAGUCGAAGUCGGAGUCGUUCAAGAAGAGGGCAGGUCCAAAUUGAUGAUCUGCCAGCGAUAGUUGUAACAGAUGCGUCGUCGAGGGAUCGUGCGGAUGAGCCAUUGAGGAGAAAGAGGUCUUUGAGAGCGGAGUUGACAAGGAGGAAAUGGAGGAAAUAUAAGGAUGCGCAUGUUGCCGCAGAUGAGAUUGAAGACAGUCCUGUUAAAGUCAACUCGUUGGUAACCAUACCUCCAGAAGUCUAUGCUGCCGUUGAUGAUGAGGAAGAGAAUCGGGGCCGAAGUCGAAGAAGAACAAAAGCUCAACAGGAACGGGACAAACUGCCUUACGAGAUUGAUAUCUUAUAUGAAAACGAACGAGGGUUGAUUCUAUGUGGAUUGCAUAUGUUUUCUGGACAAGCGUUGGGGGUUUUGGAUGCCGCGCCUUGGACCAAGAUUACGAAUAAGCCCAGCUUGACAGAUACUUCAAAUGCACAAGUACCAGAUCCAAGUUGGGAAUGGGCGUGGCCGGAGUGGAUUGUCAAUCAUGAUGACGGGGUCGAUGAUGAAGGGUGGGAAUAUUCUUUCGCUUUCUCUAAGAAAUGGUCAUGGCAUAAUGCCAAAUGGUAUAGCUCAUUUGUUCGAAGAAGAGUAUGGAUUCGAAAACGAGUCAAAAAGGGUCAAAUGCCACUACAUGAUCACAUGCUUAAUGAGGAUUAUUUUACCAUAUAUCCACCACGUAGCAGAAGUCGCGCAACAACUCUUACAGGCCCCCAUGCUCUAGAUGCAGAUGGUCGAAGUCGGAACAGUUUGGCAGCCUCCAGCCGCAAUUACGAGACCGAGUGGAAGGUCGAGGAAAUAAGUAAUAUUGCAACGCUCAUGAAAGUGCUCCGAAUCUGUCGAAUUGAUAGAGAGAAAAUGGAAGCAGUGGAGAGUUUUAUCAAACAUGGAGGCGAGGAAUUGCAUUAUUUGACAGAGCCGGAACAUAUGCGUGAGAUUAUGAAUAUGUUUAUUUUUCAGGCAAGCAGACGGAUUUUGCUAGCGAGAUUGAUGAAGGAAUUUGAGGAAUCGGGUGGGGAGGUUGCGGAGGGUAACAAGGAGGAAGAGGAUGAGAUCGAAGGCGAUAACGCGAGUAUGAAACAAAGACAACGUGCCAAGAAUCUGGAAGCAGCACUUAAAGCUGCAGAUGAAGAAGUCAAGAGAUUGGAAUAUUGGAGUGAUGUUCGACGUAUGGCCGAGAAAGGAGAGACGAUUGGGGCAGUGGAUGAUGAAAAAGGAUGGGAUGGGAAUUGGGAGGGCUUGGAUGGAAGUGGACCCAAAGAUGCGAAAUUUGAUGGCAAGGUUAUGGAAGGGAAGGAGGGGGAUAGCAUUGAUGGGAAGGAAAAUGAGAAUAGUGAUAAGAGAGACAAGGGAAAGGAACGCGCUCAAGAUUAAAUGGGGCUCGCUUUUUGGGGGGAGCGAUUAAUGGGUUUAUAUACAUAUGAGUGGUUCAGUCAGAUACACGGGUAUGACGGAUCGAUGGGUCUUGGGAAUGGCGUUUUUUAAUCUCUUCGAUACCUUUGAGUGGAAGUCGAAAGAAGGUGCAUAGCGUUUUGGGUUAUAGAUUGGAUUGUAUAUUUUAAAGUUGUUGGGUAGUAUUGGAUACUAGGUAAUCCGAUACUUUUUGUAGCUGAAGCAAACAGGAGUUCAAGGGGGAGGGGUGGCAAAUGUGGAUAAUUGGUAGGAUGGAAGUAUGAAAUACCCGGAUAGGAUUAAUAUGGGACGAAUGGAGGUGAAAGCAUACCUAGUUUUACUUCCAAAAUAAUAACACGUUGUAUAAGGA